GCCGUUUGAUACUGGCCUGCUGCAACUACAAACUCUGCAUCUCCUUCCUCUUUCUUCACCCAUCUUUGAAUCUCGAUUCUCGAUCGCUGAAAUCUCGAUCGACCAGAAACUACUAGAAGGUCCGUUCAUGGCUGCCCAAUGACCCUCUUUCUAAGAAGAUCCUCCUCAUCCGCCCAAAGCCACCUCCUCUACUCUCAACCGCACCCAAGAACACCACUCUCAGAUGUCCACCUACGCCGCCGCUUCACCGCCGAGCUAUGCUCUUUCUAUCAGGGACGAGAAAGACGGCACCGCCGCCGAGAGCAAGUAUGCCUUCCUAGUGGUUGCUCUCUGCCCCUGUCUGGUUUGCUUCAUUCUUCUCCUCGUCGUUAUCUCUAUCAUUCUCAUUGUCAAAUUCCAUUUCUUUUGCCACACCCCACUUCACUCUUUAUUCUACAAGAAAAAUUGCUAACUACAUCCAUUACAAUCCCCAAUUUUACAACUUCAUUGGUUGGCAUUGAAUGUGGUCUUAGGGGGUUUUCUAGUGCCACCGCUGGUGGUUCGGAUUCGGGUGCUGAAACUGAUAGUGAGGACGAGGAUAGGAGGGGGAGUGUUCAUGUUAGUUCUAGUGCAGACCCGGAAGAGGUCGACAGGGUAUGCAAGGUGAUCGACGAAUUGUUUGCCUUAGAUCGGAAUAUGGAAGCGGUUCUUGAUGAAUGCGGGAUUCAGUUGUCCCAUGAUUUGGUUGUGGCGGUGUUGAAACGCUUCCAGCACGCUAGAAAACCCGCCUUUCGGUUUUUCUGUUGGGCUGGGCAGAAGCCAGGGUUUUCGCAUGAUUCUAGGACUUACAAUUCGAUGAUGAGCAUUUUAGGAAAGACCAGGCAGUUUGAGACCAUGGUGUCGCUGCUCGAAGAAAUGGGAGUGAAGGAGCUUUUGACAAUGGAAACAUUUGUGAUUGCUUUUAAAGCUUUUGCUGCUGCCAAGGAGAGGAAGAAAGCUGUUGGCAUUUUUGAACUGAUGAAGUCCUACAAGUUCAAAGUUGGCAUCGAUACUAUUAAUUGCUUGCUUGAUACUCUUGGAAGGGCAAAGCUAGGAAAAGAAAUGCAAUUGCUUUUCGAGAAGUUGAAGGGGAGGUUUACACCAAAUUUACAAACUUAUACCGUACUGCUAAACGGGUGGUGUAGCUCAAAGAAUUUAAUGGAAGCAGGGAGGGUGUGGAAUGAGAUGGUUGACAAGGGAUUUAAGCCUGAUAUUGUUGCGUAUAAUACAAUGCUCGGAGGGUUGUUGAGGGGUCACAAGAGGUCUGAUGCUAUCAAGUUGUUUGAGGUCAUGAAAGCCAAGGGCCCAUCUCCCAACGUUAGAAGCUAUAGUAUUCUGAUUCAAGAUUUCUGCAAGCAAAAAAAGAUGAAAGAAGCAGUUGACUCUUUUUAUGAAAUGCGAGAAUCUGGGUGCCAGCCAGAUGUUGCGGUUUACACGUGCUUAAUUACAGGGUUUGGAAAUCAGAAGAAGAUGGAAACAGUUUAUGAAUUGUUGAAGGAGAUGAAGGAAACCGGUUGCACUCCUGAUGGGCGGACAUACAAUGCCUUGAUUAAAGUGAUGACGACGCAGCAGCGAAUGCCGGAUGAUGCAGUGCGGAUAUACAAGAAGAUGAUUCAAAAUGGCGUUGAGCCAUCAAUACACACUUUUAACAUGAUCAUGAAGUCUUAUUUUCAGACUAGAAAUUAUGAUAUGGGUUGUGCAGUAUGGGAUGAGAUGAUUCAGAAGGGGUUUUGCCCUGAUGACAACUCAUAUACUGUUCUCAUUGGAGGUCUUAUAAGUCAGGGAAGAUCAGGAGAGGCCUGUAAAUAUCUAGAGGAAAUGGUUGAGAAAGGAAUGAAACCUCCCCAGCUUGAUUUAAAUAAGUUUGCAGCCGAUUUCUCCAGAGCUGGAAAACCUGAUAUUCUUGAGGAGUUGGCGCAGAAGAUGAAGUUUUCUGGUAAAUUUGAAGUCUCCAAUGUCUUUGCAAGGUGGGCUGAGAUGAUGAAGAAAAGGGUAAAGAGAAGAGAUCCUAUUGAAAAUGGUUAACAGUGAAUCUUGGGUUACUGACGAAGAUCCAUGAUACUCAGCCUUAAGGAUGACGAAAUGGCGAAGGAGGCAUCAUGGUUUCCAACUGAAUCCAUUUCCUUCCAUACCUGCUCCAGUUUUAGCAUGCAUCAACAAUUUGUUGGGCAUUGACAAGAUACAAUUUCUGUUGUACAUUAUCAUGGUUCGUGCACAUCAUUAUCAUUUGCGUAUUUGGUGUUGUAACUGGUUCCGAUUUCAUGUACUUCAGCUGUACGUAUCACUUGAUUUUAUGUUACUCGUUCGCAGUCAAUUAUUUCUCCAUUAUUGUU